GAAUCAAGACAAAGACCCUAAAAAAAUAAAAAAAACCAUACUGCUCGAGUGUCAAAAUAUCCAACAUAAGAAAACCACCAUUUUCUGACCCAUCAUCCAAAAACUCUCACUUCCUCCGAAUCAAAAGUCGUAUGUUUUCUUCUUCUUCUUUGUAAUAGUUGAUACUGUAACAGAGAAAAUAGGAGUAAGAUGUCUGUUUUGGCAGCCAAUUCUCACGUUCUGUGUAGCAGAGAAGUCCAUCACAGAGAGCAACGGCCACAGUUCUGGAGCAACGGCGGCGGUUUCUUGCUGUUGCCAAAAGCUUCUGGAUUAGGGUUUUUGAACAGAAACAGAGAUGGGAACAGGACGUUGAAGAUGGACUUGAAAGUUGAGGCCUUUUGGGGCACGGAUACCUCGAGACCCACUGUUGUGGAGAUGGAAGCAAUCAACGACUGUGAUCAGCUUGACCAGAUUCUCAGCCAGGCACAGGAGAGAUCCCAGCCCGUUGUCAUUGAUUGGAUGGCAUCUUGGUGCCGCAAAUGCAUAUAUUUGAAGCCUAAAUUGGAGAAGUUGGCUGCUGAAUAUGACACCAAGAUCAAAUUCUACUAUGUUGAUGUCAACAAAGUACCUCAAGCUCUAGUGAAGCGGGGAAACAUCUCUAAAAUGCCAACAAUUCAGGUAUGGAAAGAUGGAGAGUUUAAAGCCGAAGUGAUUGGGGGACAUAAAGCAUGGCUUGUGCUUGAAGAAGUGAGAGAAAUGCUCCAAAACUUUGUGUGAUAAUUCGAUUUUCUGAUCGCUCAGUUUCCUCUCAAUUUUUCUUUUCCGGUAGGCCACAAUACUUGCAUGUAUGUAUUCAUCACGAUAUAUAAUGAAAGAGCAAUCUGUACAGUCAAAUUUAUUUCUC